GCGGGAAGUUCUCAAGUAGACGGUCCUCUUGUGUUAUGAUGGUUUCUCAGAAUUAAGUAAAAAUGCUGAAGUGACUAAAUGAAAAACCUGAGUCCAACUUCUGUAUUCUGCUGUACCUAUGAAUUUUAUUUACAAGACACAAAUCAGCCGUAUAUUAAAUGUCCAGUUCCUCCAUGUAAUAUCAUAAGUUAUACAGCUUUCCUCCAGAAAUGAACCAAACUCCCCAAGAACGUCUGGAUGCUCUUCUUAAGUCUGCCGAAGAUUUCACUAUCAUUCAAAAUAUAGACAUUUCCCACUAUGCACGGUUUAUCCGGUCGAUGUUUCGCUUAUCUGUCCAGUUCUCAGAAGCAGGCCAAAAAGAAAGAGCGUACAUAUUGUCCAUAAGAGCUGUUUUGUGUAUCCGAGAGUUACCUAAUCAUAAUGGUUACCAGAGACUGGAUCCACGUGUUCAAAACGAACUCAAAAGUCUUGGUAAAUUACUUCCAAAAUCUGCUGAGUUCUUAAAGGAUGAUUUGAAAAAGAAGUACACAGAGGAAUAUGAGCUGUAUAAAAAGUCACUUAGUAUAACUGAAUGGAAAGUGAAUACUAAUGGGCCAGUGGUACCUUUUCUUGAUCAUAGUUCAAAGCCGUAUGAUGACUAUCCAGUUGAUCCCAACUCUUAUAGACUCUCUUUGUCUAACUUAUCUUCAGUCAACGGAACGUUAUAUCCUGCUUUUAAUAAAGCCUUCAACUAUACUCUCGAUGAGCUCCCAAAAUCUUUGUACAGUAACUACACAGGAAAUUAUGGUUUGACGAAAACAUAUUUAUCCAGACAUCUGAUUAGUGACUUUUUGAACCUAGCUAGUAAAAAUACUAAAGGAAAUCGAGAAACUUGUGGGACCCUGUGUGGGAGAUUAAUUAGUGGCAAUUUCUAUAUUACAAACCUUCUAAUUCCAAAGCAAAGCGGUACUCCAGACUCUUGUGUUACAUAUAAAGAAGAGGAAAUAUUUGAGUACUUAGACAGGAGGCAGCUGAUCACAUUGGGUUGGAUUCAUACACAUCCUACUCAAACUGCAUUCUUAUCGGCUGUUGAUCUACACUGUCAGCUUUCUUAUCAGACUAUGCUUCCUGAAGCGAUUGCAAUUGUAUGCGCUCCUAAAUUCGAUGAUAUUAAAUGUUUUUCAUUAACUCCUGAUCACGGCAUUUCAUUCCUGUCAAAAUGCAAAAAGACGGGUUUCCAUCCACAUGCCACAGAUCUUCCAUUAUAUGAACAAAGUCAACAUGUAAUAUUUGACGAUACUGUUGAACAUUCUUCUGAUGAUCUCCGAUAAUCUGAAAGUCCACAAUGUUUGUACAUUCUUGUUUCACAGGAAUUAAAUUCUUUUAAAACCAAAUGGCAGAAGAAAAACUGACCUUCUCACUCCAACUUUUUAAACUACGAUUCACUAGUUCGCAAACAUGUUUCCAAGUAUACUUACGUACUUUCAGCAGAAGGGAAAAUAUAUUGAUUUACUUAAUCAACGUUUGAUAAUCAAAUUUCACGAUAACUGCUAAUCUAUAUGAUGAUGUAAUCAAUGAAAUAACGUUAUGGUAUAUAAAAUUACAAAUUUUGCAAUGGGAAACAUAUGAUACACAUAACGUUCAAGUUUCGUAACGGAACCAUAUGACUGAAACAAUGGAUUUCUCAUUUGUAUAUACAUAGAUAGAUCUCUUGUGGAAACAAACUCGUGAUAAUCAAUAAAAUUUAAAGUACAUAUAAACAACAAAUGGUUAUAUUCUUUAAGAGAACAAAAAUACUUUGCAUUUGGAGAAACUACUACUACUAUACUCCAGGUGCAUACACACGUACGUUGCCUGCCUAUUUUUGCAUGAAGAAUAUAUAUAUAUAUAUAUAUAUAUAUAUAUAUAUAUAUAUAUAUAUAUAUAAUUCAUUUAUUUUCUCUCUAAUAUACGUCCACUAGUUAGCAUUUACACAUGACUUUGAAUCCGUGAUUUCAAACAUAAAAAACUAAAAUAAUGAGAUCAUCAAUGAAGAUAAAUCAAUAUUUCGCUUAUGGAAUAAUAAUUAGGUGGAACAAUGUAAACUAUUCCAAUGAUAUUCACUUUUUAAUUAAAUGGUUUCUAAUAUAUUCUCAGAUAUAGACAGUUACCUUCAAAUCAACAAAAAAACUUAUUGUUUACUACUAAAUUAAAUUCACAUUUAAUAUAGAAUACAAAUACAAAUAAACUGGUUUAACUAUUUAUUGAUUUGAUUGGAUAUUGAUAAAAAAUAUUAUUUUAUAAAAACAUAACUAUAAUACAGCACAUAAAUAAAUAUCGACAAGUGUAUACGAAAAGUUUAAUAUAAACGUUUGGUCGUAAUUAAUACUGCUACAUGUUGACAAACAAAAAUACAUAAACAUAGACAAAGACACUAUAGACAGUAAAUAAAAUUGAAACAUGAAAUUUAUUUAUUGUCUGUGCUACAUAACAAUAAAGUUGUGAAUAAAUAAAUUUUUAUAAUGUGGUAAAUGCACAUAGUCAUGGUAUUGUCAUAUUUAAAAUAAGAAACUACCCACAUCAUUUUAAGAAUCUAAAUUAAUUUUGUUAGGAUAUGCAGAAAAAUAUACCAAUAAUUAUCAUGUUAAGUCUAAUGGUGUCCUUGGACUUUAAAUGGACAUCCCCUAUUAGUCAAUAUUAAUUUCAAUUGUUAAAUAUUGUACAAAUGUUGUUCUCUAUUUUAUGGUACGAUGUGGUCUGUCUGAUUGGUAUAUAAACAGAGUAUGUUUGAAAUACAAUGAUUCAUAUCUCAGAGGCU